AACUCAUUCUCCUUCAAAAAUCCAAUUUAAAAUUUAUUCAUACAUUGUAAAAUUGAUUUCUUCGUUUCCGGUAAUAUAAUUAUUCUUAUGGAACAUGUAAUUAACACCACAAUAUGCGGUAGAUCUAUAAUCGUAUAGGUAGUUGACCAUGGCGCGCCGGAAUUAUAAAUGUUAAUUUUAAGAGAAAAACAUCCCGAAAUUCAUAAGCUCAAUUUUUCAAUAAUGAUGUACUUUAAAACUCGAUGAAAAUGCCAAGUCACGUGUAUGAUUAAAUGCUAUAUUUACGUGCGCCCCUGUUAAGGUUUGAGGUACCCAUUAAAAAUUGAGAGUCAUAUAAAUAAAUGUCUGUAUUUACUAAAUUCCUCGAUUCCCACACAUUAUUUAACAGCAUUGUACUUUAUCAUCACACAUUUAGUAAUUAUAUCUACAUCUCUUGGCAGCCGUCUGAAAGCGGUACCUAUACAAUUUAUCUUACAAAAUACGCAUAUUGCUCAACGUCCUACUAAAUUAAUUUAUUCAACUAAAAAUUGUAUAAUUGACGAUAAAACACGUUAUUUUAGUGAGUAGUGAUGGUACCUCGUAAAGGUUGAAAAGGUGCGCGUAUUAUUAUAAUUUGUUGUUUGCCAAUCAUGGAAGCGCAAUUUAAACGGGGCGAUUCCUGCUGGAAACAAAGGACGGGUCUUGAAAAAUGGAUUUUGACGUUACUGCCAUGUCUUAUUCUCAUCAUUUUGGUGCUAAUUAUUGUUAUUGCCAUGCAACAAGAUCAUACCAAGGAAAACGUCGCCUAUACGUCUUCAAAUGAAGAAAUAUGUGUAACACAAAGUUGUGUUAGCACCUCCAAUUUGGUAUUAGAGUACAUAGACACCAGUGUAGAUCCUUGUGAUAAUUUUUAUAAAUUUGCUUGUGGCAAUUACAUAAAAAAUAACAUUAUUCCUGACGAAAAACUUGCAGUGAAUUCAUUCUCAAUUGUGAAUGAUAAAGUGCAGCAACAGUUGCGGGUUGUAUUAGAAUCUCACGAUAAAAAUGAGGCAAAAGUUCUACAAACGGUGAAGGACUAUUACAAAGCAUGCAUGAACAAAGGUAAAAUCGCUGAGCUUGGUUUGCAAGUACUGAAAGAUGUUUUGGUCAGCUGUGGGGGUUGGCCGGUAUUAGAAGGGCCACGGUGGAUUCCAGAUUCGUUCGAUUGGGAAAAUUUAAUGUUCGCCUUCAACAGAAUAGGGUUUGACUCGGGGUAUCUUGUAGAAGUGACAAUCGGAACUGAUUUAAAGAACAACUCUAUUCGGGGCAUUCAGCUAGAUCAACCUUCUUUGGGCCUGAGUAGAGACUUUAUAUUGCAAGGGAAUGAGUCACAAUUUGUGCAAGGAUAUUUUAAGUAUAUGAUCGAUGUCGCUGUGGAAUUGGGGUGUGAAAAGCAGGCAGCUGAAAGAGAAUUAAAGGAAUCUUUGGAUUUUGAAAUUGAGUUGGCUAAAAUAUCUUCCUCUAAAGAAGAGAGGCGAAAUAUAACGAUGCUAUAUAAUGUAAUGACGAUAGCGGAAAUUCAAGAAAGAUUUUCGGGAAUUCAAUGGUUGGAGUACUUAAAUAGCAUUUUACACCCCCAUGUUCAUGUUAAUUCCAGUGAGGCGGUAAAUGUUGUAUCACCGCGCUACAUUUCAUCGCUAAUCGAUUUGCUUUCGCGAACUCCAAAACGGGUUCAAGCAAAUUAUGCAAUGUGGAGGGUUAUUAAAAGUCAGAUUUCUUAUUUAACUGAAGGUAUGAUUCAACAUCAGCUUAAUUUCCAUCGAACACUGUUUGGCGUUUCUGAGAGGCCAUCUCGUUGGAAGGAGUGCGUGGAAGAAGUAAGUUCAGAGUUACCAAUACUUACAAGUGCGUUAUAUGUACGUAAGUACUUUGAUAAUGAUGCAAAAAGUGCGGCUCACGAAAUGGUUACUUACAUUAAGGAAUCUUUCCAUAAUAUAUUACUAUCUUUGGAUUGGAUGGAUGAGCAGACUAGGAAAAGUGCACUUGACAAAGCUGCUUUGUUAGAAAGUCACAUUGGUUACCCAGACGAACUUUUGGACGACGAGAUCUUAGGGAAAUAUCACGAAACGCUGAAAGUGGACCCCGAUGAAUAUUUUUCGUCCCAUUUAAACAUUCAGUUACACUCUUUAUCAGUUACGAACUCUGGUUUACGUGAGGCAGUAAAUAAAACCUCCUGGAUUGACCACAGCAACGUGGCACAGGUUAACGCGUUUUACAACCCUUUGGAAAACAGCAUCAUGGUUCCUGCGGGUAUACUCCAGGGUACCUAUUUUCAUAAGGAUCGGCCUCGUUACAUGAACUUUGCCGCCAUCGGUUCCGUUAUCGGUCACGAAAUCACGCACGGUUUCGAUGACACCGGUAAACAGUUCGACAAAAAUGGCAUUUUCACCGAUUGGUGGGAUCAAAAGACACAAGAACUAUUUCUGGAAAAAACCCAAUGCAUUAUUGACCAAUACAACAAGUACACCGUCGUUGAAGUCAAUCAGACCCUGAACGGGUUUAACACUCAAGGUGAAAAUAUCGCAGACAACGGCGGAAUUAAGGAAGCGUACUUCGCUUAUACCACAUGGAUAAAGAGAAAUGAACCUGAGCCUAUGUUGCCGGGGUUAAGCUACUCUCCAUCUCAAUUGUUUUGGAUUUCAGGUGCUAUCAACUGGUGCGCUGUCUAUCGGCCUGAAGUACUGACGUGGCUAUUAGCUACUGACACCCAUUCCAUAAAUGAGUUUAGAGUACUGGGACCAUUUGGUAACCUUGCGGAAUUCGCAACUGAUUUUAAAUGUCCGUCGGGUUCAGUAAUGAACCCAAUUCAUAAGUGUACUGUAUGGUAGAAUGCUUAUAGCUUCUUUUAUUUUAGGAAAUAAAUGUUACUUUGUUUA